AUGGCCGCGCCGUCGGAAGCAGAGCCGGUCGCAUUGCCCAAGGAGGAACAGAAACCUAAGAUAGAGCCGCUGAGGCUUCCAACGGUCGAGGAAAUCCGGGGACAGGAGAUAUGGAACAAUUGCGCCAUCCGCAGCGCCUUCAGCGGGAUCAUGGGUACUUUCCCCUUCCACUGAUACCCCUCGUGUCCGAGUUUCGUUACCGAGAUAACUGAGAUUUUGGUCUGUGGCUUGGUCCGCGUCUUAGUGCUUAAUAGGCCUUCCAGGCGUUUGCUUGCUGCCCAUAUGCGUUCGUCUCAUUUUGCUAUUUCUAUGUAAAUUUGAAUGCUUGUAAUGUGACAGUGAAUGGAGUUUUUUUCUUUUAUGAGAAUUAAUGUUGGACGUCGUGGAUGGAAGUGCCUGUUGAACAAGGAAACGACCUGCAAUGCACAAGCAGGACUGGUUUUGGUGUAUGUUCCAUCGCAUAGAUAGGUACUUCUGGUCUUGGCAACUACUACAUAUGCAGCCCUGCAUCGAACCAAAAUGCGAAAGUGCUCGUCUGGUGCGCCAAAAGUAUCUCCGUCAUGUAGCUAUGGGAAUAACGCAGUGUUCAUUUAUAGCUCCUACUUUCCUGUGCCAUCGUCAAAGCACUUGCGAAGUUUUUGCACGGGGCAUCAGGAGUACUUCCAGAUCGAUGACAGACGGGCAUAGAAAGUUGAAACAGUUUCAGUAGUCAGCGCUGAGGGUUGAUACUCUGAAAUCCAGAUAGUAAUAAUCUGCUUUGACCGUCAGAUGACGUCUCCAUGUUGUUAUAAGCGAAAAGCAGGAUCUUGGUUUAUAUGAAGCGAUUAUAAGUCAGCAACGCAUGGAGAUGCAGCGAACACCUGUUUUCUCCAACACCACAAAGCAUUCUCAUUUCCCCAUCCCUUCAGACACCUGCGUCACUUCAUUAGAACGCAAAUGUCUCCCUUAUUUUCUACCUCCCUCCCUGCCCUGAUUCACACUCCUACCCAUAAGUUUGGAAUGCUAGAUUAAUUUAAAAUAUCUUUUUAGAAAAAUACAAUGUCACCCGUAAGUUGAAAAUAACCACAGAGGCCACUGCUCGCUGAUGAGGAGAAGGAUUUUAAGAAAACAAUGCCAAGCCACAAUUUUUUUUUGGGAAUGCAGCAUGGUCACCGUGUGAAUUACUCAGCUGGAAGUCAACAUCAAUCGGUGCCAGGUUCAGAAUUAAAAUAAUUUAAAAUUUUGAGUUUAUUUUGACGAAAACAUCGAAGUUGGAUAUUUUUAGUAAAAGUAGUAAAACAGUCAUGUCUAUGACUCUCUCCAAAUAUCUUGGACCAUACUCUAUCAAAAGAUGGGCCGUGUUCUAUUUUUCAGACCCAUUUCUAUUCUGUUAUUCCAGGAGCCCUGGGAUCUAGGCCAAUUGGACAAAUAUAAUAUGGAUCAAGGUGAAGCAUGACACAUUGGAUAUGUAAUUUAGUUUCUCAGUUGCAUUAUAACGUCAGCAAAAGAGAACCUGAGAACAUGCAUAAGUCGCAGGAUUACUAGGGUUUAUGGGAAAAAGAAUAAAUCUCCAUUUUAUCUUGUUUGUGUGUGAGAGAGAGUGUCGAAGCCUGACAUUUUGGUUGAAGUAUGGGAAAAGGAAAUAGUAUUGGUGUCAGAUCAUUACAGCAGGCAUAAACCCUGUUUUGCAUAUUCUUGGAGUCCUAAGUAUGAAGUCUGAGUUCUUCGUCACAGGCACUUUUUUCUUUUUCCAGAAAAGUUUACUUCGUGUUUCAUAUCAAAUAUUCAUUUUAUUAAAGUCUAUUUGAUGCCUAAUUCGUCCAUUAUAUCGAUGACUCCAGGCAGAACCAGGAGACAUGGACCCAUUUUCAUGCAUCUUUGGAGUCCCAAACAUGUGAUUCUAGAUAUUUUCUUGUCACUGGCCCUUUUUUUCUUCCCACAAUUUUGAUUAUAGAUUAAUGUUGGUUAUCCAUUUUAUAGAAGUAUGUUUAAUAGUUAAUUUAUGACAUCAAUGGCUGCCGUUGGGGCUUGGACAGGGGGCGGAUUUGGUCUUUUCAUGGGCAUGCUUCUUGGUGCUUUGGAUAAUCCUCUCAUGCAAGAGGAAAUGAGCGCAAAGCAGCAGUUCAUACACACUGCAAAGCAGAUGGGAAGAAGAAGCUGGAGCUCUGCGAAGACCUUUGCUGUUAUGGGUCUUCUUUUCUCGGCUGCCGAAUGUGUUGUGGAGAAGGUGAAGAAAGAUGGAGACCACAUAGCCGUUCUUGCUCUAGCUAGAUCUUCUCUGUCUCUUAUUCCUGUUUAAACUCUCCAGGCAAGAGCAAAGCAUGAUAUGACCAAUACAGUCGCUGCUGGUUGUUUUACUGGAGGAGCCAUCUCAGCAAAAGGUGACCCACCCUUCUUUUCUCCUAAUUUUUUUAGGAAUCAACGUUCAAUUUUUUUCUUUAUAAAAAAGAAAGAGCAUGAUGCCAGUUCAGAGCACAGGGAAUAUAAUCACCUGAAAAUAUAUGGUGUCUCGCCAUAUCUCCUAUGUUUGGUACUCAAUUUAUCUCCUAUGUUCUGGUGGUACCAUACAUUUGAGAUUUAGUCCUUCAUCCUCCAGAUUUCUUCCAUCACAUUUUCCCAGAUUAUCUGGGUAUCUCUUGCCCAUUAAGUAUAUACUAAGCUUGUAAUCCCCCAUAAGAAAGCAGUCCUUUUUUCUUGUUCUAUUGGUGAAUCCUUUUUAGUUGACUUCCGUUGAUUCAGAAGCCUGCUAUUAUGUGGUCCUUAACGUGCUGCCACUUAAAAAAAAAAAUCCGCGUGGAAUCUUCAAGAGAAUGCAGACCGAUCUUUCUAAAAAUAAAUCAAUGUCAGGCACACCAUCCUAAUUUCUAUGAAGUAUCUACUUGACUUAAAAUUCUUCUGGAAAAUUGUGGCCUAAUCAAACCUAGUGAGCAGGUUUAUUCAUAGCUCCCUUUUUCUCGGAUCAUAAUUUGAACAUUUCGUUCAUCCUUGAACAUAUUGAUGAUCAGCUUGCCCUGAAAAUCUUCGCCCAGACACCAAUUAUCUCAUAGUGACGCUGGCAAGUGAAUGAUCUUAGUUCAAUUACAUUAUCAUCCAAUCAUGAUCAAGAUAUCCUGCCUUAUUCACCUCUUCAACCCCCCUUUUUUUUAUACUAAAAACCCAGCGGAGUGUAAAAAUGCUGUCAGUUAGGACAAAAAAAAAGAUCUAAUAGGACAAAUAUGUUGAUAGCUUCUUAAUUUAUAGUAAAUGACCAUGAUUUUAAUGCCAUGGAUAACAUGAGUUCCUCCCCCACCUGACAAAUGCUAGAUUGGCUUGGGCUCUUAAUCGACAAGCUUAAGACUACUUGGGAUCUUUAUAAUCAGAGGCUUAUUUUUAUGACAGCUAGUAGUGGAUUAUUCCUAGCAAUGUAGGUUUCCAUUUUUUGGUUAUCUCUUUUUGUUUUCCAUAUUGGGAAUGCUCCAUUCUGACGUCUCUGAUGUCUGUGGUCAGGUGGUCCAAAGGCGGCCUGCGCCGGUUGCGCUGGGUUUGCCGCAUUCUCUGUCUUGAUUGAGAAGUUCUUGGACCGGCAAAAUUGA